UGUUUUCUAAAUUAGAAAUAUUCUUCGAAAAGAAAAUAAAAGUAUUCCAUUGCUUCUAAAAAGUGAUUAGUUUUGCGUAUUUAGACGACAAUCGAAAGGAUGCUAUUUCAACAAAUAUCCAGCGAUAGUAUUCAAUGUCUAGGAGAGAAUCCAUUAACUAUACGCGAUGCUAAGGAGAAAAUAGCAUCCAAAUUUGGAAUAUACCAAUACUAUGUUGAAGUUGUCAAUCUAGAAGAAGGAAUUAUUUAUGAAAGCAGUAGAGCGACUUACAGCUUGCCAAAACCUUUACAAAUUAUGGUUGGCAAUCCAAACAGAAGAGUACCAAGUUAUCUAGUAACAACAGAGCCCGAUAUGAUUGAACAAGACGAGAACGAUGAGGAACCGAGGCUGAAAAUGUCAUGUGGACAUGCAAUAACCCCAGACAAUUUGUUUGGUCAUAUGAAGAACACAUUAAUGUGUGAAGUAAAGCCUGUAGUGUGUUGCCUUACAAAUGGUUGUCAUGCUGAGUGGGAUAUGCGAGAAAUCGUACGAAAAGCCGACAUGACAGACGAUGAACGAGUUUUCUAUGAAUGCAAAAUUUCCUUCAACUCGGUCAACCAAGAAAAUGAUAUCACAUCUGAGUGUCCAGAGUGCGGGCAAUUCUGUCAGCGACAAACGGAUGCCUUGCCCACAAGGUGUACAUCAUGCUCUAAAAAGAAGGGGGUAGCCUAUGAAUUCUGCUGGAGCUGCAAAUCACCAUGGAUAACAGACCACCAAUGCAGCAAAAGAGAAUUAGAAGCUUUUCAACGAAUUCUUAAUGAAGCCCCGCGUAAAAGAAUCGACAUGUCAAAUAUUGAGGAAGUGCCAUCAAAACGAAUGUGUCCAAAUGGGUCCUGUAGAUACCUAAUCGAACACUUGAAAGCUUGCAAAACCAUGACUUGCACUAAAUGUAGGACUGUGUUUUGCUUUUCAUGUCUUAAAGUUGCCGUUAAUGGUCAAUUGCAAUGUGGAAACUAUAACCAACCCUGUAUUGUAGCUCCAGUUCAGAAUGUGUUUGAGGGGAAUUAAGUUUAAGACCUUUAAUAUGAAAGCUAGAUAAAUGUAGUAAGUUCAAAAUUAAUGUUUUGAAUAAAAAAAAACUUUUAUUAAC